UUGGACCGACCGAUCCUUGAUUCUCAGAGAGUGUAUAGGUGAAGCUGAAGUGAUCUGGAAACAUUUGUAUUUCAUAGUUAGAUGUUACAGUGCGUAUUUGGUGCAUAUACUUGUUGAGAUUUGCCUUUCCACAGAUUGAGGCAGACAGAUUUGGCACUGAUUGUUGCAACCAAAUUAUUGGUCUGAGCUGAUAGGGAAACUCAAUCAUGAUUCUUGGGCACAGCUUCGUAGAACAGGUUGUUGGUUUGGUGAUGCUCAGUCAGCUUUCUCUUUCAAUUUUACAUGGAGAAUUAUGGUUCUCUCUCCUACAAAUGCCACACUCCCAUUGUCAAGAGUUCAAAGUGUUGCAGUUCGGUCUUCGAGUUUGUUGAAUUUUCAGAUCAUGUCAUGUUGUGACUGGGUUGCAUCUUCUUCAAGCAAGAGCUCAAACAUGGCGUUCAACAUCUCCUUCUUCCUCAUCUUCACUGGAUUGCUGUUCCACAACAGUGUCUCAGUAGUUGCCAAUCUUGUUUCCGAUCAACAAGCCCUCCUAAACUUUGUAGCCGCCUUUCCACACCCACGUAAACUGAACUGGAACAGCGGUCUUCCCAUCUGCGCUUCUUGGAUCGGUGUUACCUGCAACAUGAACAGGACCCGUGUUGUUGCUGUUCGUCUUCCCGGUGUUGGGCUCUACGGUUCUAUUCCACCGGACACCAUUGGCAAACUGGACGCUCUUCGGGUGCUUAGCCUCAGAUCCAACUAUCUCAGUGGAAACCUCCCUACCGACAUAACUUCACUUCCUUCUCUUCAGUACUUGUAUCUCCAGCACAAUGGCUUGUCUGGUGAGCUAACUUCAUCAUUCUCUGACCAGCUAAUUGUCUUGGACUUGUCUUAUAACUCUUUCACCGGGAACAUCCCGCUUGGAGUCAAGAACUCGUCUCAGCUCACCGUGUUGUACCUCCAGAACAACUCUUUCGCUGGCCCGGUUACUUUUGUUGAUCUCCCGAGUGUCAAGGUUCUGAAUUUAAGCUAUAAUAACUUGAGUGGAUCCAUACCCGAUCCUCUCAAGAACUUUCCAAAGGAUUCGUUCCUCGGAAACUCUUUGUUAUGUGGUUUGCCUCUCAAGCCAUGCAAUGGAAAGGCCUUUUCCCCGUCGCUUUCACCUGGAAACUUGCCAAGACCACUAUCAGAGAAUCUUCAUCCCCAAAAGAGGAAAAUGAGAAGAACUUACAUGAUUAUCAUAGCCGUUGGAUGCUCUGCAGCUUUUCUCCUUCUGGGAAUAGCUUUCUUUGUUUGUCUUAUGAAAAAGCCAGCGAGAGAAGAAGGAGAAGGAGAAGGCAAUGGACGGCAAGAGACGGGAGGCGUAAACGAGAAGAAGCCUAAGGACUUUGGGAGUGGCGUUCAAGAUCCCGAGAAGAACAAGCUCUUCUUCUUCGAAGGAUGCAACUACAGCUUCGAUCUCGAGGAUCUUCUGAAAGCUUCUGCCGAAGUUCUCGGCAAAGGAAGCUUCGGGACAGCGUACAAGGCUGUGCUAGAGGACAGUACGGCUGUCGUGGUGAAGCGGCUUAGAGAGGUCAUGGCCACGAAGAGAGAGUUCGAACAGCAAAUGGAGAUCGUCGGUAAGAUUAACGGCCACCCGAACAUUGUACCGCUUCUCGCUUACUACUAUUCGAAAGACGAGAAGCUCUUGGUUUACAAGUACAUGUCCAAUGGAAGCUUGUUCAGCCUCUUGCAUGGAAACAGAGAAGGAGGAAGAGAUGUAGAUUGGGAAACGAGAAUGAGGAUCGUUAUGGGGACAUCGAAAGCCAUUUCUUACCUUCACUCGUUCAAAUGCAUCCAUGGAAACAUCAAAUCAUCCAACAUUCUCCUCACUCAAGACCUGGAGCCGUGCCUAUCCGACACAGCCCUCGUGCCACUCUUCAACAUCCUCACCAACACUCCACGAACCAUAGGCUACAACGCUCCGGAAGUGAUCGAGACGAGGAAAGUCAGCCAGAAAUCGGACGUUUACAGCUUCGGAGUCCUGCUCCUGGAGAUGCUGACGGGGAAAACUCCUCUGACGCAGUCGGGUCUGGACGAUGAACAUGUAGUGGUCGAUCUGCCGAGAUGGGUUCGGUCCGUCGUGAGGGAAGAGUGGACAGCAGAAGUGUUCGAUGUCGAGCUGUUGAGGUUUCAGAACAUCGAGGAAGAGAUGGUUCAGAUGCUUCAGAUCGCGUUGGCUUGCGUCUCGAAGGUUCCAGACUCUCGUCCUCAGAUGGAGGAAGUUUCGAAGAUGAUCGAAGAUGUUAGAAGAUCUGAUCCAAACAACAGAACAUCCUCUGAAGCCGAAUCAAGUGUCUAGAAAGAAAACAAAACCCACUUCGAUUUGAUUCCAUCCUUUUAAGAUUUUGCUGUCUGAAGGGAAGAGAUUCUCAGAUCCCACGAAUUAAGAUUGUGUUUUAAGGCUUCCCCACUUUGUUCAUGCCAAUCUAUGAGAAAUAAGAUUCAAUUUCUCAACCUGCAUUAA